AUGUAUGCCUUAUUUCAACACGAACUGUCCGACCAAGCUCUUCGCAUAGCCAUCAUGAGCGACAUCGUCUUGCCAGAUGCGGCGUUCCCACAGGAAAGCCGCCCCCAGGACACAUCCAACUCCACCCAAGACGUUCCCAAUGAAGCCGCGAGUACUCCAUUGAGCAUGGAAGAUGCAGUCGCCACAGAAGAAAGCCGUCCCCAGGACACGUCCACACCCGCUCAAGAUGUACUCGAUGAAGCAGCGGGUACUCUCCGGAGCAUCGAGGACGCGGCGUCUCCAGAAGAAAGCCGUCCCCUGGACGCACCCACACCCACCCAAGAUAUUCCCGAUGAGGUAGCGCGCACUCCCUGGAGCGUUGAUGAGUGCCUUUUCAUCCAGUUGCAAGCUGGCUUUGCACUCGCCGCCGCCUUCCUGCCCAUUUGUACAGUACUCCCGCCGACUGGUCAGAGCUACUACUACGUCUUUCGCCGGUUCUUUAGGACUGCGGAUCAAGAUACCUCCGAGAUCACUCCCGAACAGGACGCCGCCGCAACCCCGAGAACCCAAGAAGAGUACCUACUGAAACAACAAGAGCUGGUACACUGGGCGCUGAGGAAGACAGAUGAAUUGGCGCGGAAGGCGAUGAAGACCGGGGAGUUCAUGAGGGGGAAGAUGUGGAUCAUCGAGCAGGAAGUCUUCGACGAGUAUCGCAAGAUCCGCGAGGACUAUGGCCUCGAUUUGCCGAUCGAAGACCCGAGGCAGAACAACAAGAUGUUCAAUUUCCUGUACGAUAUCGUUUGCGCAAGGUUCCCCAAGUCGUUGGGACAUAGUCCUACCAGCUCGGAUGCGGACGAGAAUCGCAUCCGUACGGAAUAUACUUAUGACGACAUGUAUGAAGGCUCUACCCUUAGCUCUCCGCCUGAAGGCGAAUUUGAGAAUACAGAGAGCGCUUCGCCGGCGGAGGAAGACGCACCAGCCGCGGAGGAGACUACACGACGGACACGUACGAGGGUCAGGAAGCCCACCGCCGCCCUCAACGGCAACAACGAAUCCCCACCGGUCCGUAAGUCCGGUCGAAAGGUCCAUGUAGCCGAGAAAUCGAAAGAACCUCGGACAGGUACGAAGCGCACCAGGCAGAACACAGCGGUGGAGAACGAGAGCGAAGACGAGGAUGAGAAUGGAGAAGAAGACAUCGCGGAAGAAGACGAAGAGGAAGAGGGCGGAGCAUCACCGAAGAAGCGCGCCAAGAAGGCCAUCCAGAAGACCACCCUGAAGACCGCAAAGCCGAAGACUAAGAAGGGACACGGACCAAAUCGCAAGCAGAACGAUCCCUGGACACCGGCAGAGCGCGAGGUCAUCGUGACGCUAUUCAACAAGAUCAUAGCCGAGAAGGGCCUUAUUUACUGGGCGGAAAACAUCAGUUCCAUCUUCCACGAGGCUACCGACGCCGUGAACGCACAUAGGGCCCUGGAUAAGAACACAUAUCCAGGUGAUACUCGUCGGAUGGACGGUGUCCGCACUCAGGUCCACAAGAAAGACGCUUAUAAGCGCAUUAAAGACCGAGCUGACGCGCUGAGGACUAAGAAGACCGACCCCAAGAAGACGGUGACAGAGGCAGAGUUGAAGCCUCGAGAUGUAUUCAAGGUGGCGGAUAUCGAGCCCCCUAGCGGCAAGAAAAGCAAGAAAUGA